GGGCACAUCUAUACUUCACCAGUCUGCACAGACACCAGAUUCGGGGGACCAGACACUGAGAGGCAUCCUCCAGCCGUCCAAAGGAAGACUUUCAGGGCUGCAGCACUCUGUCUGGCAGUGCUCUGUGUUCUGAUGAUGACUGGAAUCAGUCUCUUAUCUGUAAACUUCAUUGUGCUGCAGACCAGAUACGAGGUGCUGCAGACCAGAUACAAACAACUGAGCAACAACAGCAGUCAGCUCCAGGUGAAAGUUUCAGACAUCUCCGUCAACUACAGUCAGUUACAGAGCAGUUAUGAAACACUGAGUGUAAAUCACAGUCAGUUACAGCAUGAAAUAAAGCAGCUGAAGAGCAGAACUGAAGAGAAGUGCUGUACUGAUGGAUGGACGACAUUUGGACGCAGUUGUUACUUUAAAUCUAAUGAGAAGAAGGAUUGGGAUGGAAGCAGAACUGACUGUCAGCAUAGAGGAGCAAAUCUGGUCGUCAUAAACAACAAAGAGGAACAGGUGAGUGUGUUUUUGAGUGAGGGAUUUUAG